CGUGUUUGUGUACUAGCAUGUGUUUGUGUCUUUGAAAGUGCAACCUAGGUGUGCUGGCGAAAUUCUCAGAUACGUGAGAAUUAUUACUUAGGUUUGAACAUUCUCAUCUUAUCCUACACCAUGAGCACACUUUGGAUGGGCAACGGAAACAGUUCCUGAGUGCAGUUCCCUCUUCCACCACUGUCGUAAACUCCGGAAUAUGUAUAUUUGUUUACAAGAUGGAGGAUUAGGAACCGACGAAGAAGAUGGCAGAAGCCAAACAUCAAAUCGAUGGACAAGCUGGAGUCCUACAUGGAUGAGAAGUUUAUCACUAGAGCCUUCGCAACCAUGGGUGAACAGGUGAUAAAUGUGCGGAUCAUACGCAACAAGAUGACAGGGGGUGCUUUGGGAUACUGCUUUGUGGAACUGACGGAUGAGGCUACAGCAGAGCGUUGUCUUCGUAAAGUCAAUGGAAAAUCAUUACCAGGAGCUAAUCCGCCCACAAGAUUCAAGUUAAAUCGAGCCACCUUUGGGAAACAAGGAGAUAAUGGUCAGAUGUACUCUCUGUUUGUGGGAGAUCUCACGCCGGAGGUGGAUGAUGGGAUGCUUUAUGAGUUCUUCUACAACCGCUAUCCUUCCUGCCGUGGAGGGAAAGUGGUGCUAGACAGCACAGGCAACUCAAAGGGCUGUGGAUUUGUUCAGUUUCCAGAUGAGAGACUGCAGAAGCGUGCAUUAGAGGAAUGUCAGGGUGCUGUGGGACUUGGUUGUAAACCACUCCGACUAAGCCUGGCUGCAAAUAAUUUUAGGAAUCGGCAGCAACAGUCAGACAACAGAUCAUGGCAGUCCAACUCAGGAUACAGACAAAACUUCCAGCAGUACAAUCAGCAGGCGUAUUCAGGGUAUUACCCACAUUGGGGCUAUGACCAGACUGGAGGAAGUUAUGGCUACUAUAACCAGUAUGACUACAUGCAUUACGCCCCACAACUACAGGAAAGUGAAGCUGUUCAGGAUGACGUACUAGAAGAUCCAAACCUGGCGCUCGACGUGGUGGAGGCCAACAAGAAAUUUAUGGAGCUCAGUGAGGAACUGUAUGAUGCUCUCAUUGAGUGUCAUUGGCAGUCAGCAGAUUUCUCUACAGAGGAGGACUUCGGCAUUUCAUCAAGCCUACCAGAGCCAAUUUACUGCUGAAACUAAAUGCACUAUCUUGCUGUUUUUUCACUCCUGGCA